AUGCCAAAGGCAGAUGUAGACCCUCUUGCGCUUGCACUCUUGCCACCCAAGGACGAGUCGCCCGCCCAAAAGGCUGCCAGACUCGCUGCAGAGCAGGAAGCAACCAGGAUCAGCAAUCUUAUCGAUUCAGAACUACGAGCAGAACGCGCUCAGCUCAAGAAAGAGGCCCAGAAUCAGCACAAGAUUCUCCUCUUGGGACAAGCAGAGGCUGGUAAAUCUACCGUCCUCAAGCAGUUUCAGCUCGUCUUCACCCCCAACCAGUUUCGUGCCCAACAGCAACACUGGAAAGCCCUCGUUCAGCUCAAUCUCGUUCGCUCCAUCCUCGUAAUCUGCGAGGCACUCACAGACGAUCCGAGCGAGUACGACUUGGAUAUUGACAACUUUCUCUCCCUCGACCCGACCGUCUCUCCAGACUAUUCCAUCAAGGCUGCAGAGUCUCUCCUCAACGAGGGCGGUGACGAGGAUGACACUAGACGCAAUUCGUAUCCUUACCCAGGAACGGCAAACGCAGAGAUUGGACCGAUACCUGAGAUUACCGUCGAACUCCGCCAAUUGAAAAUGCGGCUCUCUCCCCUGUACCACGUCCAAACCGUCCUGAUCGAGCACCUCGCGUGUCAAUUUGAUGAUCCGUCGCUCCUCGUCGCCGCACAUCAGCUCGACAAAGCUGCAGAUGGCGCCAAAACGGCCGAUUUCGUCGUGCGUUCAAACACAUCUCUCAAUGGCUUCCUCGGCAAAAAGCUCGGGCGCACAGACGAACACGAGCAGACACAGCUUCGGCUCGAUAUCCAUGAGGUCAACACCAUUUUGCGAGCGUGCCGCAACGACAUGAUCGCGCUCUGGAAGGACCCCACCGUUCGGGAGAUUUUGCACCGAAGAGAUGUCAGACUCGAGGAAGGACCAGGAUUGUACGUCCCCCCCUUCCUCCACGAGAUUGAACGUAUUACCGAACCGAACUACGUUCCUUCGCAAGACGAUGUCUUUCGAGCUCGCAUCCGAACCCUGGGUGUGCAAGAGUAUUCGUUUCGUCUCGAAACUGGUCCGGAUAAGGGCCGAGAGUGGAGGCUCUACGAUUGCGGGGGUGCCAGGAAUCAACGGCACUCGUGGCCCUUUUUUGAUGACUGCCAUAUCAUCUUUCUCGCUCCGAUCAGUUGCUUCGACCAGGUUCUGGCGGAAGACAGGAGGAUCAACAGAUUGGAGGAUUCAAUGCAGCUCUGGAAGGCCGUGUGCUCCUCCAAAUUGUUGCAAAACUCGGAGAUGGUUCUUUUCCUCAAUAAGUGCGACAUUCUCGAGGCAAAGUUGAAAUCUGGAUCCAAGUUUAGUGAUUGGGUCCCUCAGUUUGAUGGGGCCAAUACAGUAGCGGACGUUACCAAAUACCUCAAGGGCAAGUUUAGGUCAAUACAAAAGGCGCAUUCGCCUGGCCCCAGGGUAUUUUAUUGUCAUUUGACUGCGGUCACGGACGCAAAAUCGACUGCAAAGAUCCUGAAUUCGGUUCAGGAGCUUGUUACGCGAGUGCAAUUGCAGAGUGUAUCCUUAUUGUGA